GAAUGUGUCAAAUUAUUAAAUAACAACUUAUUAUAGUGUUCUCUUGCGUUCUCUGCCGAUUUCAGUGUAUUUAUAAUGAUAGAAAACGUUCAAUAAAAUUGUGAAAAUGAACAGGCAAAUUUGUAACGUAUUGAGAACACCUACCCGCUUCUGCAGAGGUCGUAGAACGUUCAGUAGUGAAAUAAAAAAUAGUGAAAAUGAACCAAUCAAAUUUUCAACGAGUCCAGCAGCACGGAGGGCAGUCGCUACUGUUUUUAAGAAAGUGGACUCUUCCAUGCCUUGGUAUCAGCCAUAUUCUGUAAUCGGCAGUGUUGCAGUAUUUUUAAUAUACUUCUGUGUCUUGCGAGAAGAAAACGAUGUCGACCAGGAAUUCAAUAAAACAUUGUACGAUAGAAUUAAAGGUCUAGAAAAAGAACAACUUCUACAGUCCUACAGAUUUAACAAAGAGCACGGAAAAAGUGUUGAAGACAUAGAAAAACGACUUCAAGAAUUAGAAGUAGCAGAAAAAAAGCUUGUCGCAUAGAGUUAAGAGAAAUAGUCAUGUACAUGCACCUACACAUUAUUUAAAUAGAAUAUUUAGUUUA